ACCUGCAUUUUCUAGGUUUGUGACUGGUUGUAUCCUCUAAUGCGUAACCAGUCUCCUGUUCUGUGCUGCAAUACUGGAGUCUACAUGUUCCCUGACACGAUGUCCCAGAUACCAGGGUCCUACGUGGGAGUAGUGCUGUCCUCAGAACUUCCAGCAGCUGACAGAGAGCUCUUUGAGGAUCUCUUAAAACAGAUGUCUGACCUUCGAAUCCAGCCUUCAGAAGCCUCUAGUGAUGCAGUUAACUUGCCUCAGACUGUACAUAUCCAACCACAACCUGAAGGAGCAGAAAAUCAGAAAGAAUUACCAGAAUGGAGUGAGAAAGUUGCCCAUGGAAUCUUGUCAGGUGCAUCUUGGGUAAGCUGGGGCCUAAUAAAAGGAGCAGAAUAUACUGGUAAAGCUAUCCACAAAGGAGCUUCUAAACUGCGAGAACACAUUCAACCAGAAGAAAAACCACUGGAAGUCAACCCAGCUGUAGCAAAGGGGCUCCAUGUAGCAAAACAGGCUACUGGAGGAGCUGUGAAAGUCAGCCAGUUCUUGGUUGAGGGAGUGUGCUCUAUAGCGAGCUGUGUCGGAAGGGAGCUGGCUCCACGUGUGAAGAAGCAUGGCAGCAAAUUAGUUCCAGAUUCCCUUAAGAAAGAUAAAGAUGGCAAAUCCACUUUCGAUGGUGCUCUGGUGGUAGCAGCAAGUGGAAUUCAAGGGUUUUCCACAGUGUGGCAAGGUUUAGAAGGCGCAGCGAAGUGCAUUGCUAAAAGUGUUUCAACUGAGACUGUAAAAACUGUGAAAUACAAGUAUGGAGAUGAUGCCGGCCGUGCCACAGACAACGCUGUGAAUUCUGCAAUCAAUGUUGGCGUGACAGCAUUAAACAUUGAGAAUAUUGGUAUCAAAGCUGUUGUAAAGAGAACAGCAAGGGAAACUGGCCAUGCUGUGUUAGAUGAGUAUAAAGUAUUGGACAGUGAGAAGAAGGAUAAAAAAUGAAAGCACUGAAAUAUUUCUUAAAGCCUUACAUUAGAGCUGAAACUUCCUAUUUAGAAGUCACUAUGAUGCUACUCUGCAAUUUAACAGAAAUCACACUGUACUUCUCGAGCAACUGUUACUUAAUUUGAAGAUAUAAAAGCAGAGAGGACAUUCCUAGAAGGAAAAAUGAAAGUUGUCCUAACUCCUUGUGCUGUAUUGA